CCCCUAUUACAAAAUCGCAGUUAGUAGCUUCCAAGAACAUCUCUCCUCUCUCGUAGUCAUACAGAGACUGCCAAGAGUUCGCGCCGUCGCCACGAUUUUACGUCCUCUCCUGCCGUCCAAUCAAGAUUACGUCGACGUUGACGCCAAGCUGACGUUACAUGACGCUCAUCUGGUGAAAAUCUCAACGUUGAGAAGCCUAGAAGGGAAGAUUUGGGCACAUGUGAGCGGUGUUGUGGGUAGUCGUCAUUAACCAGUCGUGCUGUGUUUAUGUGGUAAGACGGUGCGAGACCACGGUGUGAGUCAGAGUUGACACAUCCCCGCUGAGUUACAGGUGUGGGCUUCGAUCGUCUAUCCCCCUUCAGCCAAAACAAACCUCACCCGCAUGGACUAAAGCUGCCAUGGAAAAAUCACUUCUUUGUUGUAGGACUAUUGGCUAAAAAGGAAGACCGCCAGCGCAACUUGAAGACCGACCCAGUGGAAAUUGGUUGGCGGGGACGAGUGGCCUUGACCGGGCUGAUCAUCUCCAGCGACCUGUGGCCACAUUGCUGCGAACUGUGGCAUAACUACAUCGUAAACUCUUCACUUCAAGUUGAACGUUAUCCGCCCAGAAUACAUCCAUCUGAAACAACACUUGGCACCGACAAGAUAUGGGGGAUAGAGGAAGACGACAGACUUCGGCUUGGAAGGACGCCAGCCCGCUGAGCCAUAUCCGCCUUCGCGCGGUUCUCUGUGUCCUAAUAUUACCAGUGAGCCUUUUGCCAACCUUUACAUCCGGGUCUUGCGCCGGGUCGCCAUGUUCGAACAACGGCACAUGCGUACCAGUGACUCCAUCCUCCAGCCAUCCCAACUCGCUACCGGUCCGUCUGAACUGUCCGGAGGGCUGGAUCAGGCAGGGAGGGUCCUGCUACAAGUUUCACAUCAACGACAGGAAGAGCUGGGAGGAGGCGAGGCAAACUUGUCGAGGGGAGUCCUCAGAGUUGGUUUCCAUAGAAACGGAGGAAGAACACGACUUCCUCCGAGCGCUGACGGUCAAUGGCUUGUACAGUGGCUUAUUCGAUGAAUGUCCGACGAACAACACUCUAUUCUACAACAAUAAAACGUAUACCGCCUCCUUGGAAAAGUUGACUCAGUCCCAAGCUUCUGAAGUUUGCCAGGCUAAGGGCGGUCGCCUGGUCGCCCCAAAGGACGCCGAGUCUUAUACGAGAGUCGUAUUUCUCAAGAACUGUUUGGACAGAACUGAACAGUUUUGGCUAGGGUUGAUGAAAGUCAACGGAAGUUGGGUGUUCAGUGAUGGCACGGAGGCUGGUGGGUUCCAGCCCUGGGCGCCGGGAGAACCGAACAACAAGAGCCGGCUCUGUUCUCACAUUGUGCGGGGAAACAGAGGGAACUCCCGGACGGACCAAUGGGCGGAUGCCUACUGUAAUCAGUGGAGCUUCAGUUAUGUCUGUGAAGUGGAUGGAGAUGUCGGUGGAGAUUCGUUUUGGACCAGUGGAACAGACGAGUCUAGUGAGGGCGUAUUCAAGUGGAACGCCACGGGAAGUAACGUCACGGCCGGCGGCUGGAAGACAGGAGAGCCGAACGGCAGGCGGAACGAGAACUGCAUCGAGCUGCGGAGGCAACACAACUUCUUGUGGAACGACGCCAGAUGUGAACAUAAGAAUUUCUUUAUCUGUGAGAUAGGAACAAAAGACUUUUGGGCGGUGGAACCGGAAUGGACAGAUAAAGAUGCUGAUUUUCAGUGUAAAUGCCCAGCUGGUUAUUCCGGAGAGAAGUGCCAGGUGCCACCAGAACAAGGUCUGGUAGGACUCUGGCCGCUAAGCCAGCGUCACGGUGCAGACGACACUAGCCGUUUCGGUAACCAUGGAAACGCCUCAGGCAUCCAGCUCGCGGAAGGGCCCCUGGACGACAGCGAAGGCGCUUUCUACUUCGCGGGAAACUCCAGCUCGUUCGUAGAGAUCCCCAACAACGGUGCGCUGGACGUGCUGGACGCCUCUGUCACGGUGCUGGCGCACGUGUAUCCCAUGGGGGAGUCCGGUCUGGUCGUGAACUAUCCCGUCAGCAGUGAAGGGUGCACUCUCUGGCAGCUGGCCAAUAACAGCUUGUUCGGGAGCUUUGCGCUGGACCCAACCGUCCUGACGGCCAGCGUUCUCAGGCCUAACAAGUGGAACUAUGUCGGCGUGACGUAUGACGUCACGUCCGGGGAGACCAAGCUGUGGCAUCAGGGAGUGGCCGUUGACAGCGAGCCAAUAGGAAACACGGAGCUCAACAUCAGCGGACCAAUCAGAUUGGGGUACAGAGAUGGGGAUCUUGAGUCGAGAGCGUUCCAUGGGAGAAUCGCCUGUCUUCAGAUCUACAACUACGCUUUGGAACAGCGGCAGAUUCGGGCAGCACGACAUGCUUGCGAUGGCGCACUACCGGAAGUGACGGUGACGUGUGAAGGGCAGGAGCUGAAGCUGAGCUGCGGCAGUCUCACCAGACCCUUCAUCUACGUGGAGUACGCCAGCUACGGGCGCUCAGGCAUGGGCUGUGGGGGAGUCAGCGAUAACUUCAGCCUCAACUGUUCAGCCCAGGGCACACUUCACAUAGUUCGUAACAGGUGUAACGGCCUACCUGAGUGUUCGAUGGUAGCUGAUGACACCAUUUUCGGUGACCCAUGCCCAGGCACACAUAAGUACCUGGAAGUUCGGAUGAAAUGCGUGGCGGGUCCACCAGAGGGUUAUGCGCCUGCGCCGACUGAGCUGCUGACGUCACCUGCAACAUUCCACACCAACUUACCUCCCACCGUAACCGCCACGAGUGGACCCCCGAUCACGAAUGUUGUGGUGAACAGUACAACUUCCGAAAAUACUACUACCGCUAUGGAUGUUACUUCUAUACUACCAACUGGCGUUACAAUGACUACUGAGUCCAAAUGCCCGGCCACGCGGAAGAGAAAUAUCCUGUGGCCAGCAGCUUCUAGGGGAGAAUGGUCCUCUCAGCCUUGUCCCAAUGGAACUGUGGGCACAGCUCGAUGGUUCUGUGAGGGACCGAGAUGGAAAGGGGAACCAGACUUAAGUGACUGUACGUCGCCCUGGGUGAAUGAGCUGUACGAUCUGCUGAACGCAGGGGGUCCGGCAGGAGACAUCCUUGCUCUCGUAUCGGGUAACCUCAUCAACCAGGGCAAGGUGUACGGUGGUGACGUCAUCAAGAGUAUUGACCUGCUGAACGUGCUGGUGCAGCGGCAGGAGGAGCAGCUCGUCAACAUGACUCAGGAAGAGAGGAAGGGCACGGUCUCCAACUUCACACAGACGAUGACCCUUUGUGGAAGUACGCUGCUGAGGAGUGACAUAGGCAGCGCCUGGGACGACAUUCCAGAGGACAACAGGUCCCAGGUUGCAACCGGAGUCAUCAACAGUGCCGAAGGGUCUGGGUUCCUGGUAGCAAAGUCAUUGCCGGACGAAUCCUUCUCUUCCGUCCAAGACAAUUUAGUCUUGGAAGUUCUACCCGCCACCGGAGAUACCCGACGAUUCCCGAGUGGACUGUCUUCGGAGUGGAAUGACGUCACGGACAGCGUGUCUCUUCCAGCGACCAAUCAGCAAGUCGUAGCCCUUCUGUAUAACGACUCCCUCGGCACGUAUCUGAAGCCCAAAGACGCCGAUAGGACAGUCAACUCUCGGGUCAUCUCAGCAUCUCUCGGAAACGGAAGCACGCCCGGACAACUCGGUGACAACCAGAAAGUGACAAUUGUUCUACAGCACACAGACGCUCAAAACGCAUCCGUCCGAAAUCCGACUUGUUCGUUUUGGAACUUCUCCAAUGGUGGCUUUUGGUCUAGCAAGGGUUGUAUUAAAGCGAAGGAAAGCAAUGACACUCAUACGAUCUGUGAGUGCGAUCAUCUCACCAACUUUGCUAUUCUGAUGGACAUCUCAGGACAAGGGUUUACUGAAGCAGACAGGUUCGCCCUGAGCAUCAUCACGUGGGUCGGCUGCAUCAUCUCCAUCGUGUGCCUCGUCUUCGCCAUCUGCAUCUUUCUCGGAUCAAGACGUGUCCGUUGUCAGCGGACUGUUAUCCACGCCAACCUGUGCAUCUGCUUACUGUUGGCUGAAGCGCUGUUUUUGGCGGGAGUCGACAGAACAGAGAAUAAGGUUGCCUGUGAAGUGAUCGCUGUACUUCUCCACUACCUUUUCCUGGCCUCUUUCACAUGGAUGUGUCUGGAGGGAGUCCAACUCUACAUCUUACUCAUCAAAGUCUUCAAGACGCAGAGAUCAAGAAUGGUCUACUUUUAUUUGUUCGGAUACGGAGUUCCAGCACUGCUGGUUGGAGUAUCGGUUGCUGUGAACUACUCGGACGAUUUGAACGGAUACGUCACAGACAGAUACUGCUGGUUAAAUGCCCAAAUGUUCUUUAUAUGGAGCUUCGUUGGGCCUGCGCUCUUAAUCGUAUUGAUAAAUUUCGGGUUCCUGAUCAUAGCACUGAGAGUCGUGUACAGUCACAAGUCUGGCAAGAAAAUGAAGCAUUUUAAAACCGGAACAAAGUUCAAGUCUUGGAUCCGGGGUUCCCUGACAUUACUGUGUCUGCUGGGUGUGACAUGGGUGUUUGGGGUACUGUACCUGGACAGGGGGACCAUAGUGUUCGCCUACGUCUUCGCCAUUACUAACUCAUUACAGGGCCUGUUUAUCUUUAUAUUUCACUGUCUACUAAACGAAAAGGUCCAGGGCGAGCUGAUCCGAUGUUUCGCCCAGUGUUCGUGUUGUCCUGAGUUCCUCCGACAGAAGUACUUAGAGAGAGGCUCGGGAACAUUCGUACAUCACAGCGGGCAGUCCCACCGGCUACAUCAGAACACGCUGAAGACGGACUCCUCCGGCAGUACUAACUCCACACGGCUGAACAACACGUUAGACAACCAUAAGGUUCCACUGGCCAUGACAAACGGCAUCAAACGCAGAAAUAUGGACGUAACCAUCCCCGCCGAGUACAAAUUAAGAAGAGUGUAUCGCCGCCGAGAGACUAGUUACCCAGUGGAACUAGAUUCAUAUUCAAGUGCGAGGCACCAGGCAGUCCUCCCCCCGAUAGAGUCCAAGCCGUAUGAAAAGGGCACGUACUACCCACAUCCGGGGUACCGGGAGUUCUCGCACAGCUGGGAGAUGAUCAGUCUGCCUGGGAAGAACCAUCCUGCCAGUCCGUACAGGGGGGAGGUACGGAACGGCGCGGUUAACUUCCAGAUAGACAUCUAAACAGUGUAAUCACAACAUUCAUCCUUCUUCCAAAUAAAUGGCAGCCAAAGACACAGAAUGAAACCAAGCUAUGAUAGUAUACUACUAUAUAAAUGGUAGUGAUAUUUUAUGUUUUACACAUUCCAAUUAUUUUGGGUAAAAUGCAAAAUGUACAUCUAAUCGGGAAAUAUUUUUACUUGUAAUAUGAAUACACAAGACUCAGAAAUAUGCUGAAGUAUCGGAUCCCAUGACUGCUAAUAUGUACCGAAUGUAGAGGUAGGACUAUAGGGAUACUUAUGGAUACAAAUACAUGUACAUUCUGUGUGCUAUUCCAUUUUCAACAUUGAAACAGGGUGGACAAUAUAUAUCAUGUGCCAUAUUGAAGAAGUAAUUGUUACAUAUUAUAUAUUACGAGUUUGUAUAUAACACCAGCACCUGGGCAAUAUUUAUCUGCUGUAGACCCCAUAGCGUCAAAAAUUUGUGAAAAUAUGAUAUGCCAAGUAUAAAAUCGACACAAUCACAGAAAUCAGUAAUGUAAGUUGUACCAAAUACAGUGCAGGCAUUGUGAAAUUUCAUGCCACAUAGAAAUGCAUUAAAAAUAGACAAAAAGACAUAAAAAGAUAAAUAAGCUUGCCAAACGUUGUAGAUGUCAUUUACUAAGACGCAUUAUCAUAGUUUGUACAGCUCCAUCGUAAACGAUGUAUACCUGUAAAUAUGUUUGUAAUGUGAUGAUCAAUGUUGUGUAGAAUAGCGUGUAUGAUAAAUGUCAUACCAUGUACUAGUACCUAUCUUUACAAAUCAUAAUGUUUACUUUAUCUAUUCUCAUGUGUUGUUAUAGUAUGCAUAUAUCAAAUUGUGUUAGUAGAUGUAUUCGAGUACUCUAUCUAUAGAUGUGAUAUGGAAAAACAAGAUUGAACUAUUUUCAUCUUAAUCCUGUACAUAUGAUACUAUAAACUAUACCCGAACCAAGUCUGGUAUUUCACAAAAUGAUACAUGAGGAAUCCAAGAAACCGCUUCAGAUUACUAGUAUUCAAGAAUUCUCUGUUUUCCCUCUAGUGUACGUAUAACUGUAGCAUGGGUUACUGUGAAACUGUGCAAACUUGUGCAAUUCUUAUAUAGAGUUAUUACCAACUGCAAUAAGAAAAAAAUGCAUCCGUAUGAUAUUAAACACUGUUGAGUGAGACUAUAGAAUAUGACAGAUUCUUACAGUGAUAUAUUGAACACCUGUCUAGCUCUCUACAGUAACAGUGUAUUCUUGGAGCAUGUAACGUUGACGUUGUAUUUAAGAUAUCAAGCCAAAGUGAUAAAAAACUAUGUUACAACGCACAGACCAAUAAAGUAAUGUGCUCGGCCAUGA